AUGGGCCGAAAGAAAUCUAAUUUUGUGUAUAAAUAUUUUAUAUAUGAUGAACAUCAAAAACAUUCAACAUGUACUGUCAAUGACUGUGGUGCAGUUAUAAAGGGAAAUCAUGGAACAAAUUUGUUAAAACACAUGAAGAAGCAUCCUGUGCAAUAUAAGCUUAUACUUCAAGAGAAUAGCGCAGAAAGUGGAGAACACGUCGAAGUAAAUAGGAAGAAAAAAUCCAAACAAGAUUUCGAAAUAAAACUGUUGGGUGAAUGUAUAAAUUUAGUAACGACGUGUGGGAGGCCGCUAACUUUGAUUGAUGACAAACCUUUUCAAAAUAUAUUGGAUAUGGCAAAGGCAGGAUGCUCACACAGUCCCAUAAACUCUCACAAAAUUCGUGAAGCCACCCAAAACAAAGCUGACAAUUUGCGUGAUGAUAUUGCUUCAAAAAUUAAAAAGCAACUUAUAAGUCUUAAAUUAGACAUCGCAUCAUGCCAUUUGCGAAGUUUUUUAGGAAUUAACCUGCAGUUCAUCGAAAAUAACCAGAUAGUUAUCAAAACAUUAAGUGUGACUGAACUCACCCAAAGACAUACAGCCGAGUUUUUAAAGGACCAAUUAAUUUAUGUAUUGAAUCGCUUCAGGAUAUCUAUCUCCCAAAUUUAUUCCAUAACCACUGAUAAUGGGGCAAAUAUGCUGAAAAUGGUCAGAUUAGUGGAACAAGCCUUAAAAACUAGCAUCCAAGAAAAUGAGGAUGAUUCGGAUGAUGACGAGAAUGAAAUAAUGGAGAUGGCGAGUGAUGAAGUAAAUUUCAUACUCGAGGAUUACUUAGAAAGUGAACAUUACACGGUUGCGGCCGUUAGGUGUGCUGCACAUACGUUGCAGUUAGCGGUACUAGACGCUUUAGGGAGUGAAUCUUCAUCAAUUCAGACGAUGCUCACAAAUGCGCGUGAGGUUAUAAAAAAGUUACGCACCACAGUGUACCAACACUUGCUAAAAAGAAUGGGGGCUAAAAAACCUGUGGUGGAUUGCCCGACGCGUUGGAGUUCGACUUAUGAUAUGCUUAUUCGGCUACUAGAACUUCGGCCAACAUGUACAGAGUAUUAUGAGCUCUAUUUGUCCGAAACUACGUGGAAUUCUAUUGAGAUUACUGUCGCCUCUUUAAAACCAAGCAAAAUCUUGACUAAAAAGUUACAAAUGGAACAACUGACUAUGGGUGACUUUUACCUUAAUUGGAUAAAUUGCAAAAUAGAGCUGAAGGCGAUAAACACCACCCUCGCGUGCGAAUUACAUCGCAACAUGGAAAUUAGGGAAAAAGUCAUCUUCGAAUCUAAAGCGUUUGUCGCAGCUGUAUAUAUGGAUCCACGCGUUAACUUCCUGUUAACCACUGAUCAACAGGAAAUUGCAGAAAAUGCGUUGGUUAGUGCAUGGAUGAGGUGGCGCAAAUUAAAUAAACAAGACCGUGAUAGUACAGUGUUUAGCUCUCCUGUUGCCUCUACUUCAACGCAGCAGCAAAAUGAAGGUUCUCAGCUCGAAGAUUUCUUGGAUCAGUCAUAUAAUAAUACUCUGCGAGGAGAUCCAAGCUAUGGCUGCGCUGGAGACGGCUCAGAUAUCAAAGUACACUUAAAAGAAUUUUUGAACAGACAGGUGCGCCUUCCUCCGAGCAAAAAUAUUUUAUUAUUUUGGGAAAGGAAAAAAAAUAUAUUGCCUGACCUGUAUAUUUUAUCAAAGAUAGUACUGGCUGCACCUAGUACACAAGUCAGUGUGGAGAGGUUAUUUUCCUCUUUGAAUUUUGUAUUCAACAAACUUCGAACGAAAUUAAAAAGUGACUUAAUUAAUGAUAUCUUAUUCUUAAGAAAUAAUUCAGAUAAUGAAACAGUUUGA